AUGCAGCAUAAGCAAGUUCCUCUGUUUUCUUUCCAACUUCCCUGUUUCUUUUCAUUUGUGCUAAUCUUGACAUUAGCCACUGCUCAAAUUAUUACCAUUUCUCCUCCUCCUCCUCCUCCUACCACCACUCCACCACCUACCAGUACCAGCCCACCGGCUACAAACACCAGCCCACCACCCACCAACACCCCCACCCCCACAACCACCAUAACAAAAGCUGCCAAUAUUACAAAACCAGGAUGUCAAAAACAGUGUGGAAAUCUUACAGUUCCAUAUCCAUUUGGAAUUGGUUUAGGAUCAGGUUGUGCCAUAGACCCAAGUUUCGAAAUCAACUGUGACACUAAAACAACAGGUUCUCCGACGCCACUUCUAGGGAACAUCAAAAUCUAUGACAUCUCCGACUCUGAAAUGCGCAUAUCAAGUGUCUUAAAUCGGAGAUGUUACUCAUCUACUGGAGUUUUGAUCCUAGAUCAACCUGCAUGGAUGACUUUAGGAAGCUCGAGUCCUUACAGUUUCUCUUCCCUGAACAGAUUCUCCGUCGUUGGAUGUGAUGAAGCUGCUAUAAUAGUUGGAGACGACUUCGGUAAUGGUUGCCCCACUGUCUGUACUACCUCCGGUGAUGUAAUUGAGGGAAGAUGUAUGGGUGCUGGUUGCUGCCAAAUAACAAUACCAAAAGGCUUGAAAUAUUUCAACACAUCUAUGCAAAGCUCGAAACUAAAUCACACUGCAGUUUGGUCGUAUAGUAAAUGUGGCUACGCAUUUCUUGGUGAGGCGAGUCGUUUCGAAUUCAAGGGUUUACAGGAUCUCAGUGAUCUCAAUUUUUUCAAAAAGAUUAAGGAUAAUGUUCCCAUUGUGCUAGAUUGGGCUAUCGGAAAUGUUACUUGUGUUGAAGCACAAAAACGUAACGAUUAUGCAUGCCUGGAUAAUAGCCAGUGUGUUGAUUCUGACAAUGAUAUCGGGGGCUAUCGCUGCAGCUGUAACUCGGGAUAUGAAGGCAAUCCAUACAUCGGCUCAGGCUGCCAAGGUAACAUGAUUUCAACUUUCACGCAUUGUUUUGAACUUCCUUUUGUAUUUGGCAAUUUUUCUUUUUUAAGACUAUCUGUGGUGAAUCAGUAG